AGCCCCUGAAAAUACAUCCGGAAACCCGGUGGUGACCCGUCACCGUGACCUCUGCCUUUCGAGAAGUUACACAUUUUGAGGAAAGCGAGCACUUCGUUUCGUGUCUAAAAAAGACUUAAAAAUGCGUUACGUGGCCGCUUACCUGCUGGCCGUCUUGGGCGGCAAUGCAUCCCCCUCUGCCAAAGACAUCAAGAAGAUCCUUGAGACAGUGGCUGUUGGAGUCGAGGACGAGCAGCUGAACAAGGUCAUCGAACAGCUGUCUGGCAAGAACAUUGACGAAGUCGUUGCCGAAGGCCAAUCCUUGUUGGCCUCUGUACCCACAGGAGGCGUGGCAGCAGCAGCUGGAGGUGGCGGAGGCGGGGAGGCAGCAGGAGCAGCAGCCGAGGAGGAAGAGAAGAAGAAAGAAGAGUCGGAGGAGGAAUCUGACGACGAUAUGGGCUUCGGUCUCUUUGACUAAAGACGGGCCCGCACUCCUGAAAAAAACCCACUAUCACUGCUACAUCACGCUGCCGUGGAAGUUCAAAACAAAACCCCUGUCGUUGCUUAUGGCCUGUUCAUUUCAUCAACGCAAAAGAUGACUUGAAAUGGGAUGCCAUCCCUUUCAAUUUUGAUUUUUUUUCUUUUUGGUGAAAACUAGCAACUGGUCAUAGAAAACCUUUCUCAACACCAUGGGGUAUUAUUUUUAGUUUUUAAAAGCUUUAUCAUGUUGUUCUACAACAAUUUUAUCAGAGAUGAGCAUUUUUGGGGUCAAAAUGAUCCCCCUUUAAGAGGAAAAAACUGAAAAAGAACACCUUUUCUUCAUAAAUUCCAAUCUAGGUUGUGCAGCUUUUCCGUGCAUUUCUAGCAAGUGUGGCAAAAAAAACAGGACAAAAAUAAAACAACAAAAAUCAUCUGUUGAUUUUUAAGUAAAACAAA